AUGGUGGGGCUGCUUAGUUUGCCACACCACACCAGCAUAUUCACUGCCUUAGUUCUGGAAGAGAGCAAGAGCAGAAGGAGCGAAGUACGACAAAUGAAUGACGGUUCACUCGUCAUUCGUGGGGAAAUGGCUCUGCCGCGAAAUGUAGGCAGUGGUGGUUCUGUUGUGCACCCAUCAGUCGUGCAUCUUGUCGAUUCUCACGAUCCUGUCCCCUGUCUGACCAUUCUUCGCCUCCGCCCUCUGCGCCAAAAACCCAUCAGUAUCAUCAACUGCUACUCACCAACAUCAGCAGUUGAUGAAUCCGAAUUGGACGCGUUUUACGAGGAGCUGGAGGAAGUGAUCCAACAAGAAGUCCGUCUACAAAUCGUUGUCGGUGAUUUCAACGCAGAACUAGGAAGCUCGCCAGUACAGAAACAAAGGAUCGGAAGAUUCGAUUUAGGGGAGCGGAAUGAAAACGGCGAUCCUUUCACCGGACUGUUAUCUGUCGCUUACCUCUUUUAUGGAAAUUCUCUUUUCAUAAAGAAAGGUCAUCGUCGGCGGACAUGA